UGCAACGAGAGCGUCUCACCAUGGUCUCUUGGCCCGCCUUGAAUUUGAAACAUCCACCAUAUCGCACAAUCGCCUCACGUUGGACAUGUCGCCAUACGCAAGGCGUAUGGCUUCUGAGGUAAACAUCAUGCGAGCGGCCAAGAUUUCCAAGAGGUCAGCUCAUGGGCGAAACGACGUGGGUUUGGCCGACGCGCCGUUGCCGUGUGCCUGUCAGUGGAGAUACAUGAACGCUAGCUGUCGCACUCUCGCGAUACUAUCUCGCAGCUGCCCAACAAACAUCACGUUCACUUACUUUUGAUUCUUCACCACAUCGCCGGCGAUAUCUUUUUAUUUCAUUCCCUUUACUGGCAGCCGGCUGUCCAUCUUCCCCGAUUGUAAUCACAAACCUUGCCAUUGUCCCCGCAAACUCCAACGUCAGCCUAAGCCAAAUCUGUCCGACACCAACAAAAAGUCCCCGACAAAUACUCCUUUCAGAAUGAGUUUCUCGUGGCUCGCACCAAUCCUCACACCCGCUGCGCUACGCUCAGUAGAAGCAGACGGCCGACCAGUCAUUACACUAUUCCUUGUCAUCUUCGGCCUCUCGGUUCUCGGCGCGGUGAUCUGGUAUGUCCACUUUGUGACAUCCAAAAUGUACCCGAAGAAGAAGGAAGCGAAGAAGGGAAAGAUGCUCGGCUUUAUCAAGCGGUAGAGCGGGCAAAGCAAUCAGGAAAAAAAAGAAUAAGGGUCCGGUCCAAGCAUCCCAAGCAUCGCUCUGAUCGACCCUCCCCACACGUACAUUUGUCAUCCUCGUGGCUGCAGUGUCCUACGGCUACUACAGCGAUUUUCAUUUUCAAAUACCCCCCUGGAGUGUCGACAUGCGCAUAUCUCUCCGUCGAGUCUUUUCUUUUUCAGCAGACAUAUCCUCCAUCAUCUCCGACCACUUUUCUCCCGCGCGACAAAUUAUCUUCCGACUGGCAUGUAAAAACUGCGUGCGUGUCAACCCGACUUGGAUGCAGACAGUCAAGCAGGCUUCAAGACUACUUUGUACCUUAUUCGCAAAACGUCUUGUGAUACUUUCAAUAUAAU